AUGCGGGCUUUCUUGCUUGAUGUUAAGCGCCGUGCGCCUGAACUGAGGCAGACAAAGAAGAGGGACGUUUUCUGGCUUUCUGUCUUUGCUGCAGAACUGACAAAUGGGACUUCACCAUAUGAGGUGGUAAAUCAAAUAGAAAAAGAAUUAGAUGAUGAGGAACCUCUGGAAAUCAUAUACCGAACAAGUUUCAGACCUCGGUACACAGUUGCAUAUAAGACAGUAACAGAGCUGGAAUGGAGAUGUUGUCCUGGGUACAAAGGGGAAGACUGCAGAGAAGGCCCAGCAGAAAAGCCCAACAAUGCUCGUCGGCCAACACCACCAGCAAAAGCUGUUGUGAAGAAAGGCUUGGAUGCAGAGCCAACAGAAGUUCCGGAACCUUCUCCCUAUGAGAAGAAAAUGCAGUUUCUUGAGGAUGAAUUGUUUAGACUUACGCGGUCGGUGCUUGAACUUCAGUCUUCUGUGGCAGGUGUGAAUGAAAACUUAAAGCUCACUGUCCAAGAAGAUGCCAGUAAGGUGUUGGUCACUUGGCUGAAUAACCUUUAUGACCGCCCAGAGCCUGAUAGUGCAGUUGGUGGUGAAACGGACACUAUUCAUCUGCCUGGACUCCUCAGCAAUAAAGAUCAAAAAGACCCUUUUAUUGAUUUUGAAAUGGAAGAUAUAAAGUCUGAGCUAGCUGAGGUCAAAGAAGCCUUGAAGAUGAGGAAUGAUGAGCUGGAGGAACUGAAUGGAAAAGUAAAAGGCUAUGAAGGACAAUUGAAACAACUGCAGGAGGCAGCACAAGGACCUACAAUAACAAUGCCUAGUGACAAUAUAUAUCAGGCAUAUAUAGACUCAAAAUUUGAGUCCCUCAGACAGGAAUUACUGGAAGGAUUUGAAAAGAAAAUGGCAGAUCUGAAGAAUUCCUGUGAAUACAAACUACAAGAUAUCCAGCAUCAGUGUGACGACAAUGAAAACAACUGUUUAGGAAUAAUUGACGUUAUAAGAGGAAAAGAGAAUGAUUUGAGGAAAGAAAUAAAUACUCUUCGAACUCAGAUUCCAUCAAACAAGUCCAGUUGUUGCAAGGAGAGCGAGAGAAGUUACUUUGACCAACAGAUAAAAGACUUAGAUAAGAAGAUUGACAGAGUUGCAGAAGCACACAGGAUCUUGAACGUCAGAAUAGAUAAUGAAAUCAGUCGAUUGUCAACUCCAGACCUAGAAGACAUGUUUGGUGAGAGGUUUGAGGAGCUCGAUGCGAGGAUGAAUACUACGGAGCGAAAUGCUGAAGAGCAUUGCUUUUACGUUGAGGAAACUCUCCGUGGGGCAAUAGCUGCUGAGGCAGAUGAACUGAGACACUUGUUUGACCAAAAGCUCCGGGCACUAGAAGAUAGGCUGGGUGGCACUAUUUUAGAGAUUGCCAAUACCACAGACCCAGAUGGAAUGUUUAUUAAUCCUGGGCCCAUCUUGCCCAGUGACGCAGGAUUGGCAAAUGAGCAAUUUACAGCAGAGAUGAACUUCCUGAAGAACAAACUACUGUCGCUUGAACACCUCUGUGGGCAGAAAUGUCAGUCUGCACCACAAGGUACAGAGGACCUUCAGAAAGAGCUAGAAAACUGUAACAACAGAUACAAUCACUUGCUUUUGAAAACAGAGAACAACUCGGUUCUCCUGCAAUCUCUAAAUAGCUCUCUUAAUGACAAACUCAACUUAAUUAAGGGUAACCAGCGUGACAUCCAGAAAAUGCAAAGAGACGUACGUGUAUUCCGGUAUAGUCUAAAUGUCAUGGAUAAAGAUAUGAAGAAUCUUCAAGAUGGCUUGAGCAGCUGCAAGGAGCAGCUUCUGGGUGUCAAUUCUACCUGUAGAAAAACACAGCGAGGUGUCUUCAGAAAAAUCGAUCAAAUGCAGAGGACAUUUGCAAACCAAACUGCUCAUUCCAGUGAUAAUUGCUGUGGUGAAGUGAAGGAGAGACUAGAACAAUUGAAUGACCAUAUCCUGAAUGAUCUUAGUAAGUGCAAAGAAAAUACCCAGGGUAUCCAGGAGGGUGUUUCAGAUGUUGAGAGCAGGGUCUCACGUGUUGAAAAAGUUUGUGGCAAGCUGGACUCUGUUUCAGGUAGCUUGCAGAAGAUAAAAGAAGGUCUGAAUAAGCAUGUGAGCAGCUUAUGGAACUGCAUUCGUGAAAUGAAUGGAACUAUAGCCUCUCACUCCACUGACAUUUCUGGCCUCAAAAAUUCCAUCCAACAGUUUAAUAGUCAGGUCUCCAAAAUCACCACAGACAUUGAAAGCGUGCUGAAAUCUCAGCCUGACACAAGGCACUCAGAGGUACCACAGCAGCCAUUGCCACCAAGACCACCUCUGCACCGCCAGCCUGGCAUAUCGCUGCUUCUGCCAUCAAGGCCGAGGAUCCAACCUCCACAGCAGAGGAUCCCCCUCCAGCCACCGCAGCCGAGACCUCUUCCGCGCCCGGCGCUGCCAGGGUCAGGAGUUGUGCCUUUCCUGCCUGGAACAACUGGUGUCAUCCUGGAGACUGGAGAGGCAGGGCCUCCUGGCACUGUUUUAAUGUCAGGCAGAGGGCGGCUUAGGAGUGUGGAUGGCCAGGCUGGUCAAAGUACUAUGCCCAUUGCUGAAGGAUAUGCUGGAGCACCAGGUUAUCCAGAGUUACCUCCUCCUACCGCAGACUCACAAGGACCUGCUGCUGCUCCUGCGCCCUCCCUGGUGUCCUUUUCUGCUGGGCUCACACGGAAGCCUUUCUCCAGUGAUGUCGGCGUGGUUCACUUUAAUAAAGUGCUUGUGAACGACGGGGACUAUUAUAACCCAAAUACAGGCAUUUUCACAUCACCGUAUGAAGGGCGCUACCUGAUCACUGCUGUGCUGGCCCCGGAGAGGGAUGAGUACGUGGAAGCAGUGCUGUCCGUCUCCAACGCCAGCGUUGCUCAGCUCCACACGGCUGGCUACAGACGGGAACUGCUGGAGUAUCACAAACCCUACUCAGGGAAACAGACCUGUGGUGGUCCUGGGACGUUCCACCUCGUUCUUCACCUCAAAGCAGGAGAUGAAGUCAAUGUUGUUGUAACGGGAGGCAAACUGGCCUACACAGACUCUGACGAAAUGUACUCCACGUUUAGUGGAGUUCUCCUUUAUCCUUCCAUUUCUCAUGUUUAGGUGUACCUUGGACAGGAGAGAAGCGUAAGAUAUUCAGAAAAAAUUAAGUGUAAUAAAAUUCAAAGCUUUAAUAUAUUCAGUUUA